GUAGAUAUUCUGGGAUAUUGCUGCUAGCACUCUGCUGAGAAACGUGUUUCUUUGGCAUUUUUCAAACGGAAAUCCAAGGAAGGAUUUUUGAACACUUGAUGCUGAGUGGGAAUUGUCACAGGGUUAAAUGUGGAAGGUAUUUUUUCGGCUGUAGGGCUCCCCAUGCACCGACUGGUGAUAAUGGUCUUGGUGUAUUGCUGUUUUACUCGGGCGGAUCCAGUUUCCUCUCGGCCUCAGCACAGCCGGAGCUGAGAGAGCGGGAUCUGGUUAGGCCUUCUGGCUCCAACCUCUCAGGGGAUCAUCUUCAAGGGAUCUUCUUUGGAGUUGUGCUGUGCAUGGCAAGAAUCUGCUUUCUUGCUUCCUCACUGAAAUUGCAUGGCCUAAACUAAUGAAUAUUUUUAUGAGGCACCUUGCACCAGAGAUGGGCCAGGACCAAACCAAGCAGCAGAUAGAGAAGGGCCUGAGGUUGUACCAGUCCAACCAGACGGACAAAGCUCUGCACGUCUGGACGAAAGUGCUGGAGAAAACCUCUGAUCCUGGAGGGAAGUUUCGGGUGUUGGGGUGUUUGAUCACAGCUCACUCGGAAAUGGGAAAGUAUAAGGAUAUGCUCAAGUACGCUCUGGAUCAAAUUGACACAGCUCGAGAAAUGGAAGACCCGGACUACCUGACAGAGGGAUACCUGAACCUGGCACGCAGCAACGAGAAGCUCUGCGACUUCCAGAAAACAGUGUCCUACUGCAAGACCUGCUUAAACAUGCAGGGUACCACGGUCAGCCUGCAGCUCAAUGGCCAGGUGUGUCUCAGCAUGGGCAACGCCUUCCUGGGUCUCAGUGUCUUCCAGAAAGCUCUUGAGAGCUACGAGAAAGCCCUGCGCUACGCACACAACAAUGACGACAAGAUGCUGGAGUGCAGGGUGUGCUGCAGUCUGGGGAACAUCUAUGUUCAGCUUAAGGACUAUGAGAAGGCCCUGUUCUUCCCCUGCAAAGCAGCUGAGCUCGUCAAUGACUAUGGCAAAGGUUGGAGCCUCAAGUAUCGAGCCAUGAGCCAGUACCACAUGUCUGUAGCCUACAGGAAGCUGGAGCGUCUGCCAGACGCCAUGGAGUGCUGUGAGGAAUCUAUGAAGAUUGCUCUGCAGCAUGGUGAUCGUCCUCUUCAGGCUCUCUGCUUACUGAACUUUGCAGACAUACAUCGCUGCAGGCAUGACGUUGAUAAAGCAUUCCCUCGAUACGAGUCUGCGCUGGCUAUCAUGACUGAGAUCGGAAACCGUCUGGGACAAUCACAAGUCUACCUUGGAGUCGCAAAGUGUUGGCUUUUGCAGAAGGAGUUUGACAAGGCUCUUGAGUCCCUGCAGCGAGCACAGGAAUUGGCUGAUGGAAUGGGAAACAAGCUGUGCACGCUGAAGGUCCACUGCCUGAGUGAGGGGAUUUAUCGGAGCCGGGGGCAGCAGGACGAGCUCAGAGAGCAGGUGGUGAAAUUCCUGCAGUGUGUGGAGGAGCUGGAGCUUUACUGCGGCAUGUGUGGAGAGUCCAUCGGGGACAGGGACCAAAAACUGCAGUCCUUACCCUGUUCCCACAUUUUCCAUCUCAAGUGUCUGCAGACAAACGGGACAAAAGGCUGUCCUAAAUGUUUCAAGUCCUCCAUGAAACCUGGAUUUGUCUGAUUGUGAGUCUGUGUUUGAGUGUUGGAUCUGCAGACACAGCAUGAGGCCUUGUGGGCUGCUGACUGAUCUAAGAGCAGCAGGCAGCCUCAGGAUGAGCUCAAGAUGUUUGAAGAUGAGGGGUUCACUGCUCUGUGCAGAGGAUGCUGAACUGAAGCCCGAGUGUUUCAGGAUGGGGUUCUGAGGACACUUUAAAGGCAUGCGUGAGUGCCGGCCAUCAGUCUGAGACUUACAGCUCACUGAGGAGGUAGACGUGACUGUGGAACAUUUCAAUAUAAGCUGAAGAAGAAAGAGCCUUCAUUGAACCUCAUGAAGGACAGUUUGAUGCAGAAUUAAUUCUUGAGGAAAACUGGACUAUCCAAAGAGCAUUGUUCUAAGUGUUUGUUAUGCAUUAGAAUUAGUAGAAACAAUCUGUAGAGAAAAUAUUCUGUGUUUGUAGUUGUAGGGUUAGGUCAUCUUUUUACACAACUUCCACUUGUUCUGUUCUCUACAGUUUCGUGAUGUUUAAUCAAAACACAGAGCCAUUUGAAACCUAUAUACAUAUAUUUAUUACUGUAUUUAUGUACAUAUUCUCUCAAUUUGUUUUAAAAGUUUGGUUUAUUUGAGGUGUUUUGUAAAACCUAAAAACAAACUUAAGUCUCUUAACCAUUCAAAACUAGUAUGUCUUUACAGAACAGGUCAUGCAGCUUUUUGUUUCUUUGUUUUACUGUUGAUAUAAAGGAGCAGAAGUUAUUUUUCCAUCCAUUUCUGAGAAUGUUUUACUCUUAAGUCUAAUAACAUUGUGAAGAGGGAAGCCUAAUGAGAAGGAUCUACUUUGACCAAUUAUACAGAGGCCCUAAGCAGACAUGCAUCUGUUGUAAAACAUUUGAUUUUGCUACAUUUUUUUCUGUGAUAACUUGCAAAUUUCCAGUCAUUUUUCAAGCUCUUCACUGGUUUAUGUUUUAUAAGGGACAUUAACCAUUUAUUUAUGGAGAAUUUAAGAAAGCAGCUGACAUUAACUUAGAAAACCAGCAGCAUUAUUCUGUGAGCCAGAAAAAAACAACAUAAAUUUACUCAUUACUGGAAAACGGGGUAAAAUAAUGUGUACUCAUGUUUGUCCACUCUGGGCUUCUGUACAAUCACAAACUUGUCAAACAACUAUUUAAUGAGGAUACAUGCUUUAUGUUUAAUGUAGUGUUUUCAUAUCUAUAGUCAUGUGUAAAUAUUUAAAAUUAAUAAUUUAUGUUGAGAUUAGGAAUUAUUAUUCAAAGGUGUCUUUAAGUGAAAACUUGUUUUUUGUUGCAUGUUUUAUUCACAGAGCCAAACAGGAAAGUUGGAUUGUAUCAAACUGUGUCCAUGUAACGGGGUAUUUUAUUUUGGAAUUACUAUUGUAUAUCUUAAUAUACAUUGUAUUAUUCAUAUUCCUGUUUUUGUCACAUAUUAUAGGAAAACCAGUGAUGAAAUCAUCAUGGCUUUUGAUAAAAUAAGGUUGUCCUCAAAGAUUGACCCCAUGCUAAAUUUGAUAUCCUGAUUGAAGUUCACUUAACUUCUUUUUUACUCUCCUCAUAAGUUAAUUUGUGUGUCUAAAACUGAAGGAAGGCUUCAAAAAGUGAGGAAACAUAAUUACUACUAACAAGAAAGCUGAAGAGGCAAACUAAUUUUGUCAUUUUUUUUAAGUUUUACAUUUAAAGGCAUCUCUCUCCCUCUGUAAACAUCAUGAAAAAGUUCAACAGCACUGAUGGAGAAACACCAACAUAUUUACUUUUACUGCACAAGCACUUACUUAAUGUUUCUGCCUCCAAAGUAGCGAUGAUUCACUGUCUGUUUACCUGUUAGUGCAGUCCAUCUGAAACUCUUGUAAAGCAUCUGAGAGCAUCUACACUUUAUAUUCUUGGUUCUGGGGUAUGAUUACAAUUUUUACUGAGAGUGCAGCCACUCAUCUUUACGGUUUAAACUACCUCUGUUUCUGCCUCUAAGCGUUUCCCUCUUCAGAGGAUUAAUGCAAUAUUAACAUAACAUUUAAAUACAUGUAGAGUUAUGUUUUUUUUUUAGACUUCAUGUUGAUAUAACCGUAAUUUUAAAGAUAUAGACUUGGACAAAAAUGCAUUGUUAAUAUAUUUAUGCAUUGAGUCGAAACAUGUUACUGUGUCAUAUAUGGAAACCUUUAAUUAUGGAAAAUAAAGAG